GGAUUGUGGCCUUCAGAGUGAUCGGAAACUGUCUUUCGUGGAACUCGAUGAUUAAAAGGUCCCACCAAUGUUCAUGAACGGCCGGUUGCUGUGUUUCUGAAUUACAAGUAUAGGGAAAAGUCCUUUUCUGGCGUCCUCCAAAAUGUAUAAAAAAAGAAAAUGCGAUACAGAAUACAAUGAAAUGGGCAGCGUCACAGAAAGCGAGACUGGGAUUAUAAAGGAAUUUGAAUCAUCACCCAAUGCUGAUGUAAACUCUGCUUCAUCUGGGGUCGGUUCUGAGAUCACAAAUUCAGACCAAACACUAGAUGACGUAAAGCCAGUUUGUGUCAAAGUUGAGACUGAUGAAUGGUAUAAUGCAGCUGCUGGUUUGUAUUCUGCAUGCGCCAAAUCAACAAAUGGUCUACAGGAAGAGAAACAUCAUGAUGAAAACAAUAAAGAUGGCUACCAUUUAGUUCAUGAACAAUCAGAAAAAACAGGAUGUUUAGAGAUGGAUCAAGAUGUCUGCACCUCAGCAGAUGUGAAAGCAGAGCAGACAGGACAUGACAUUAGGCAGCAAGAUGUCACAAGACAAGCUGGCUUCAAUUCUGUAUGUGUCAAUAGAAAGCAGACUCCUCAUCUGAAUGUACACCAAAAUGUCCAUCCUGUGUUUGAGACAGCAAAACAAUCUGUAAAUCCAAAUACAGAGCAGAGGAAUAUUACAAGAAAUGGCCUCAGUUCUGUAUGUGGGAUAAAAAAACAGUAUAUAAAUACAAAUACAGACAAAGAAACAGUAAAUGAUCACCCUAAAUUUGCCAACAUUUAUUCUAUAUUUGUAAUGAGGGACCAAACCCAACUUUCAACUGGACCCCAAUAUUUUGCUAUACCAACCAAUACCAAUUAUGUUGGUGUACAAAUAGAAAAGAUGAACCAUUACUGCAAACGUUAUGUCUCUAUGGAUUUAAAGUGCGAAAAAGAGAAAUCAGUCCAGCAACAGAACCCACAGAUGGAGAGUGUUUCCCAUGGACAAGUUGCCUUUGGACAGGUGAAGACAACAGCCAAUUAUUUACCUACCAGAAGUUCAGGAAGUGGUUCUUUAUUUCUGAAUAUGCUGGCUACAACUUCUGCAAAUCAGUGUCCGCCUUGUGCAAACAGUACAUAUGUGCCUACAAAUAUGAAUGCUGAAACAUCAAACGAAGAAACAUCUUCAACCCACCAACUGAGUCCGUCCGAUGUUUCAAAGGACGCUGAUGACAAACUUUUGUUGGCUGGCUGGUAUGCCGUGCCCUCCAAAAAUGAGGAAUUAUUAGAGAAUUCUAAUGAAGUAGUAAAGUCUCGGGAAAAUUCUUCUGAUGACUUUGAAAAGAUAUUCAUUGAAAGAAACACAGGGAUACGCAAGAGCUCUGAUUCAACUCAGACGGUUUGUGAUCCAGGUUCAUCCAGCUGUGUAGUUGAGCCCAGGGGUGCUUCAGUAAGAGACACUAUUGCAUCUGUGAAUUCAAAGAAAAUGUCAACAACUGCAAACAGAUUCAAGCCAUUGUGUAAAGACGAUGGGAACUUUGAUCAGCCCUUGGAGAAGGACGUGGAAUUGGAACGAUUCUUCACCAAGCAGGAGCUGGACAAGAUGACGUUCCACGAGCAGAAGAGACUCAAGAAAAUUGUACAGAACUACGAGAUCAUGUGUGAUAUGGGUCUUCCGGCUAUCAAACCGGAUUUCAUGAAGGGUCACGCCUAUCAGGCCAAGGCUGCAGAGAUAGUUGCUGCUCGGAGUUGCAACAUGAACGUGGACAAGUCAGUCUCUGACAGCAAAGAAGAUUUGACCCCAGAUAUGGAAAGAAAGAAACAAACAAAAGGUCCAGGAAAGUUGAGCCAAACAGGGCUCCUAUGUGCAAAGUCCCAGUUCCUGUGUACGGUAUGUGGUCGACAGUUUCGUUUCCCCUGGCAGGUUAAGCGCCACAAGAGAAUCCAUACAGGGGAGAAACCAUUCAAGUGCGAUGUUUGCGGGAAGAUCUUCAACCAGAUAAACUCGUGUCAGAGACACAUGAUGACCCAUAAAAACUAUUUGAAGUCCAUCAGUGCUUUGACUGCCAAGUUGCCGCCUAGUGUGAGCCCCCAGUCGCCCAGUGUUAGCCGCCAGUCACCCACUGUGAGCCCCCAGUCGCCCAUUGUGAGCCCCCAGUCGCACAGUGGUAGCUUCCAGUCACCCAGUGUGAGCCCCCAGUCACCCAUUGUGAGCCCCAAGUCGCACAGUGGUAGCUUCCAGUCACCCAGUGUUAGCCGCCAGUCACCCAUUGUGAGCCCCCAGUCGCACAGUGGUAGCUUCCAGCCACCCAGUGUGAGCCCAAAGUCGCACAAUGGUAGCUUCCAGUCACCCAGUGUUGGCCCCCAGUUACCCAGUAGCUUCCAGUCACCCAGUGUUAGCUUCCAGUCACCCAGUGUUGGCUUCCAGUCACCAAGUGUUAGCUUCCAGUCACCAAGUGUUGGCUUCCAGUCACCCAGUGUUGGCUUCCAGCCACCCAGUGUUGGCCCCCAGUCGCCCAGAGUGAGCUCCCAGUCGCCCAGUGUUAGCUUCCAGUCACCCAGUGUGAGCACCCAGUCACCCAGUGUUGGCUUCCAGUCACCCAGUGUUGACUUCCAGUCACCCAGUGUUGGCUUCCAGUCACCCAGUGUUGGCUUCCAGUCACCCAGUGUUGGCCCCCAGUCGCCCAGUGUUGGCCACCAGUCAACCAGUGUAAGCUUCCAGUCACUCACUGUGAGCCCCCAGCAGUCGUCCAGUGUUAGCUUCCAGUCACCCGGUGUGAGCCCCCAGUCGCUGCUUUUGGAGAAAACCCAAGAGAAUUCUGUCAAAACGACUGUCCCCGUUUUACUGAAACCAGCUAAAAGGAAAUUGGACAAAGAAGAUGAGCAAGUGAAAAAAGUUAAGAUAGUGAAGAUAGCUAAGACACUAGAAAAAGACAAUACUGAGUACAGUCUUCAAGAGAGGAACCAAGCCAGCUGUAUGAACCUGGAACCUCCUGAUGAUGACCACUUGCUCUACUGUGGAGAAUGCAACAAGGAGUUUGAAGGGGACUGCCCUGUCCAUGGCCCCUACAACUACAUGCAGGACAAAAAGGUUCCAGAAGAUGACCCCAAUAGAGCUGACCACACCUUACCAGAUGACCUUGAAAUUAAAGCCUCAACAAUACUUGGAGCUGGUCUUGGAGUGUUUUCCAAGGUGGAACUGGCGUCCAGGACCAUGUUUGGUCCAUAUGGUGGCGAUAUCAUCAAUGGCGACCAUAAGUCAGGAUAUUGCUGGCAGAUCUAUAAGGAAGGCAAAGCGAGCCACUUUGUGGAUGCCCAGAACAAAGCCACUUCUAACUGGAUGAGAUACGUGAACUGCGCAAUGACAGAGGCAGAUCAGAACCUUGUAGCAUUCCAGUACAAAGGAUGCAUCUAUUACUGCACAUUCAAGCCGGUUUCUCCUGGAGAGGAACUGCUGGUCUGGUAUGGAGAUGAAUACGCCAGAGAACUUGGCCUCAUCAGAGACAAGAACUUGCUCUUCAGACCUAAAUAUGUCAAUGGAGAAGAAAUUUACCACUGUGUAUACUGCAAGGCAGCAUUAACAACUGCAAUCCUUUGUGUGCGUCAUUUGAGGAAAAUGCAUGGUGGUGAUAAACUGACACAGAAUGAUCUACAAGUUCUGGAUCAGUGGCUGCAAGAAAAUGAUCCAUAUAAUAACAGUAGUGAUAUGAAGACAAACAUGGGGAUAUAUACAGAAGAGAGAUUGUACAAGUGUGAAGUGUGUGGUUAUGAAUGUAACCAGAGUUAUAUCUUGAAGAAACAUAUGAGGAUACAUACAGGAGAGAGACCGUACAAGUGUGAGGUGUGUGGUUAUGAAUGCAACCGGAGUUAUAACUUGAAGAUGCAUAUGAGGAUGCAUACAGGAGAAAAACGGUUCAUCUGUGAGGUGUGUGGUUAUGCAUGUGCCAAGAGUAGUACCUUGAAGACGCAUAUGAGGAUGCAUACAGGAGAAGGGCUCUUCAAGUGUGAGGUGUGUGGUUAUGCAUGUAAACAGAGUUUUAAAUUGAAGACACACAUGAGUAUACAUACAGGAGAGAGACCAUACAAGUGUGAUGUGUGUGGUUAUGAAUUUAACCAGAAGGGUUGCUUGAAGAUGCACAUGAGGAUACAUACAGGAGAGAAACCAUACACGUGUGAGGUGUGUGGUUUUGCAUGUAAGCAGAGAUUUCAAUUGAAGACACACAUGAGGAAACAUACAGGAGAGAGACCGUACAAGUGUGAAGUGUGUGGCUAUGCAUGUUACCAGAGUGGUACCUUGAAGAAACAUAUGAGGACGCAUACAGGAGAAAGGCAAUACAUCUGUGAGGUGUGUGGUAAUGCCUUUAACACCAGUGAUGCUUUGAAGACGCACAUCCGGACGCAUACAGGAGAAAGGCUCUUCAAGUGUGAGGUGUGUGGUAAUGCAUUUACCCAGAGUGGUUCCUUGAAGACACAUAUGUUGAUGCAUACAGAAGAAAGGCUCUUCAAGUGUGAGGUGUGUGGUUAUGCAUGUAACCAGAGAAGUAAAUUGAAGACACACUUAAAGAUACAUACAGGUGAGAGACCUUACAAGUGUGACGUGUGUGGUUAUGCAUUUAACCAGGGAAGUCACUUGAUGAGACAUUUGAAGAUUCAUGCAGGAGAAAGCCUGUUCAAGUGUGAGGUAUGUAGUUAUGCAUGUAAGCGGAGAGGUGCCUUGAAGACACAUAUGAGGAUGCAUACAGGAGAGAGCCCAUUCACAUGUGAAGUAUGUGGUUAUGCAUUUUACCAGAGAGGUGCCUUGAAGACACAUAUGAGGAUACAUACAGGAGAUGAAAAGUACAAGUGUGAAGUGUGCGGUUAUGCAUGUAAUCUGAGUGUUAGCUUGAAGAAGCACAUGAGAAUACAUACAGGCGAGAGACCGAACACGUGUGAGGUGUCUGGUAAUGCAUUUAACAAGAGUAAUGCUUCGAAGACACACAUAAGAACGCAUACAGGAAAAAAGCUCUUCAAGUGUGAGGUGUGUGGUAAUGCAUUUACCCAGAAUGGUACCUUGAAGACACAUAUGUUGAUGCAUACAGGAGAAAGGCUCUUCAAGUGUGAGGUGUGUGGUUAUGCAUGUAACCAGAGAAGUAACUUGAAGGCACACAUAAAAAUACAUACAGGAGAGAAACCGUACAAGUGUGACGUGUGUGGUUAUGCAUGUAACCAGAGAGGUAACUUGAAGAGACACAUGAGGAUACAUACAGGAGAAACUGUUCAUGUGUGAGGUGUGCUGUUAUGCAUGUAACCAUAGAGGUCACUUGAUGAGACACAUGAGGAUACAUACAGGAGAGGGAGAGUGGUCUCAAAAUAAUUAUACUGCACAUCGUACAUAAGUUUAAUACAUUAAAUAAUACUAGUAAUUAAUUAAAUGAUAUUACUAAUAUGAAUUUUAGUUUAAUAUUUUGACACAUCUAUUCAUACUGUUGUUUUUAUAUUUCUUCAGAUCAAUAAAGUAGGUUAAAUAUGUUUACAUGCAUUUAUUAAAAUAAAAAAUUGUAGAAAAAUAAAAUCCAAUAUGAAUCUUAAGGCGAUAACAGGGAGGAAAAUGUUAUUGUUAAAGCCACACCUUAGUUGGCAUAGUAAAUUUAUUAAGUUUUAAGUCUUUGAAAUCCAGGUUUGGAUCCUGCACAGAUCUGACAACUUUCAGACAAAUCUGACAAAUUUGGUUGCUGUCAGAAACAAUGUCUGACAAAAGAAUUUUGAAAAUGCAUUUUUUUCAGUAACCAGCAUGCAUUACUGACAAAUUGACCAGCUGUAUGACAAAAGUUUAACAUUAAUUUAAUUCCAAGAUUCCUCUAACAGGCACUUUAGGGAUUCUUCAGCGUUUGUGUAACAUUGUAUAUCAUACUGUAAAUAUUUUAAUUGAGCUGUGAAAAAAGGGGUUAAAUGUAUGUGCCUAAAGUGUUUUUCCAGGAUUGGCCUGUUCAUUCCACAGAGCCUGUCUAAUAAAAGACAAUACUUUCCUCGUUUAAUAGAUUUUAAUCAAAAAGGGUCUUUCUUUAAAUAAAAAAUAUACAAUAACGCAGACAGUACCAUCCUUGAUUAGCCCUUGCAGACUAUUCACACAGCUAGGCUCUUUUUGUGUUUAAUAUUCUACUAGUGCUUUAUACAAAUCUCAUUCACCUGUUUGCAGGGUUAAAACUAGGGAUGCAAGAGGUUACAAAAAUCAUUAAACGGUUAACCUUAUCAUGCUGUAACAGGUUAUUACAGGUUAACCGAAAAACCUUUAGUAGUAAAAAUGUUAAGUAUACGUUUAAACGUUUAAAAGUUUAAACGUGUCAUACCGCUAUAGAAACGAAAGUAAUUUGAGAUCACUUGCAUUGAUGACAUAUCAGCUUCUUAAUUAUGUAUCAUAACAUUUAUUUCAAUAAUUUUGUAAAUGUAGCUUUAUUUUGUUUUUGUUUUUUCCUGCGUAAUUGAAUAUCGACUAAUCUCGACUAAAGCGUUGAGCUGUUUACAGCCCAAUAAGUGUAACCUUAAUAAAUAUAAUAUUAACAACUUUAUUGCCAAUUUUGAAGCAUUUGUUAUCAAAAAUGCAACAAUACUAAUUUCCUCCUUUCAACGGGACCUGACCCUAUUCCCAAAAUGUUUAAAAAUAACACUGUACACAUGGUGGUCUGAAGCUAGGCUGGACGCAUACAGCAGAAGACUUCUCAAUUAAGGUAGACGUGCAAUGUUAAUUAGCUUUACAUCACAACUAUGAAGUGCUUUAAAUUGUCAAUUAUUUGCAAGAAGUGUUUUUAACAUGUUCAUGUUUCACAGUUACCAGUAGUAAGAAAUGUUGUAUUUAUGAAAAAAGUAAAAAUGUUUUGGUAUUUGAAUAAUGUUUGUUAAUAACAUGUUUUAAACAUUUUGUGUCAUAAAAUAAAAAUGCUAUUAAAGCUAAAUAAAAGAUAAUUUACCGGUAA